CUUACGCUGUUACGUCAUUACGUAGCCGGCGGGAGUUGUGACGCAAGGCUUCCUUGUUUUUAAUUCAGCGCGGGAGUUCCAUUGGAGGUAGUCUGGUUUGUUAAAAUGCCCUGCGAAAGGAAGCCGAUGCGCUACGGCCACUCGGAGGGACACACUGAGGUCUGCUUCGAUGACACAGGGAGGUAUAUUGUAACAUGUGGAAACGACGGCGAUGUUCGGAUUUGGGAAAGCCUGGAUGAUGACGAUCCAAAGUUCAUCACCGUUGGGGAAAAGGCUUACUCCCUCGCACUCAAGAAAGGCAAGUUGGUGACGGCGAGCUCCAGCAACACGGUGCAGAUCCACACGUUUCCCGACGGCGAUCCAGAUGGCAUCCUGACGCGGUUCACCACCAAUGCCACUCACGUCACCUUCAACCGCAGCGGGACCAGAGUCGCCGCCGGAUCCAGUGACUUCAUGGUGAAGGUGGUGGAGGUGUCAGACAGCAGCCAGCAGAAAACACUGCGGGGUCACGAAGCGCCCGUCCUCAGUGUGACCUUUGACCCUAAAGAUGAAUACUUGGCGUCUUCCAGCUGCGACGGCUCGGUCGUCGUGUGGAACAUCGAGGAUCAGACUCGGGUGACCAGCUGGCCGCUGCUGCAGAAAACGAACGACGUCAGCAACGCGGCGUCUCUGUGCCGCUUGGCGUUCCAGCCUGCAGCUGGGAAGCUUUUAGCUGUUCCAGUGGAAACCAGAGUUCACCUGUACGAGCGGGGAUCCUGGGAUCAGGUCGGCUCGCUGUCCGAUGAGCUGCUCACACAG